UUUCUUGUUUCUUCUAAGAGAAAAAUCGUCACAUUUAAAGUCUUUAUUUAUAACCCAUGAGAAAAAUGGUGGUACAAGCUAAGCUUUAAUAAUAAACUAUUUGUUCUCACCAAAGAGUGAGAAAAAUGGUAUUUUCAAGAGAUCAUGGUUGGGAAAAUACCAAACGAUUCACCUUCCAAGUUUUAACUGGAAGGUGGUUUAUGGUAUUUUCUUCGUUUAUGAUCAUGUCAGUAUCUGGAGCAAGCUACAUGUUUGGCCUUUAUUCAAGAGAAAUCAAGUGGGUUUUGGGGUAUGAUCAAUCCACUCUCACUCUCUUAAGUUUCUUUAAGGACUUGGGAUCUAACAUAGGCAUUCUUUCAGGCCUGCUAAAUGAAGUCACACCCCCUUGGAUUGUCUUAACAAUUGGUGGUGUUCUAAACUUUUUGGGCUACUUCAUGAUUUGGUUAGCAGUGACAAAGAAAAUUUCCAAACCAGCAAUAUGGAAUAUGUGUUUGUACAUUUUCAUUGGAGCAAAUUCUCAUUGUUCAACCAACACUGGAGCUUUAGUCACAAGUGUUAAGAACUUCCCUGGUAGCAGAGGAGUUGUCAUAGGUCUUUUAACUGGUUAUCUUGGGUUGAGUGGAGCUAUCAUUACUCAGUUAUACUAUACCUUCUAUGGAAAUGACUCCAAAUCAUUAAUUUUUCUUAUGGCUUGGCUACCAACUGCUGUAACUUUUGUUUUUAUGCCAAUUAUUAAGCACCACAAGGGAACUGAACAGCCAAAUGAUUUCAAUGCUUUUUAUAAUUUCCUUUACAUGACUUUAAUCCUUGCAGGUUUCCUCUUGGUAAUGAUCAUAGUCCAAAGAUGUUUCAUCUUUACUAAGAGUGAGUAUUAUGUCACUUCCACUCUCAUGGUUCUCUUGCUCAUCCUCCCAAUUGUUGUUGUUAUCAUGGAAGAACAAAGGAUUUGGAACAACAAGAAAAAAGAACACAUCAAUAGUGAAGAUCCUCCUCCUAAGCAUACUCCACAGAUGGCUACUCAAAAUCAAAAUCAAAAUCAAAAGCAAGUUUGUUUCUCUUGGAGAAACAUACUCAUUCCCCCAAGUAGAGGUGAAGAUCAUACAAUCUUUCAAGCCAUAUUGAGCCUUGACAUGAUCACUCUUUUCAUAGCCACAAUUUGUGGACUUGGUGGAACCCUUACUGUGGUAAAUAACUUGAGUCAAAUUGGAUUAUCUUUAGGUUAUCAAGCACAUAGUAUAACCACAUUUGUUUCCCUAAUGGCAAUUUGGAUUUAUCUUGGUAAAAUUACACAAGGCCCUGUCUCUGAAUUUAUCAUAACCAAAUUUAAAGUCCCUAGGCCUCUCAUACUCACAUCAAUCCUAAUAUUAUCUUGUUUUGGUUACCUUCUAAUUGCAUUUGAUGUCCCAAAUGGUCUCUAUGUAGCCUCCAUUAUUAUUGGUUUUUGCUUUGGGGCAAACUGGCCAGUACUAUUUUCUAUCAUAUCUGAACUUUUUGGUCUUAAAUAUUACUCAACAUUGUACAAUGUUGGGUUAAUAGCAAAUCCUAUUGGGUCAUACUUGUUAAAUGUGAGGGUUGCUGGUCAUCUUUAUGAUAAGGAAGCCAUAAGGCAAAUGGAAACAUUAGGGAUAAAGAGGAAUCCAGGGGAGGAGUUGAAUUGCAAUGGGAGUGAGUGCUACAAAAUGGCUUUCAUUAUUAUCACUGUUGUUACACUGUUUGGGGCACUAGUGUCUCUAAUUCUAGUGCUAAGGACUAGAGAGUUUUAUAAAGGUGAUAUAUACAACAAGUUUAGAGAGGAAUCUAAAACUGUUGAAAAUAAAUUGGUUGUCACUCAGAAUAACAAAGUUGAACUUGGACCUACCUAAAAUGAUGGAUAAAAGAUUUCUUUGGUGAAGAAUUGGUAAAUAUUUCAGAAUUGAAAUAUUUAGAUGUAUGGUAAAUGUUCUUUGCAAUCAUAUGUUUUCCUUCAAAUAAUGGGAAGUUAUGUAUCCAUUUUAAGAUAUAUUUUAUUUAAAGUUUAAUUGUCGUGCAUCAGAAUUACAAUCAUUUAUGGUAAAUUACAAUCAAUUAUUGUAAAA